AUGGAUAAAUUUAAGGCUGCGCUUGUACUGGCCGGGGUAGGGGAUGCUCUUGGUUACAGAAAUUUCUCCCGACAGGACAAUGCUUUAGGUGCAAAAAUCCAACAGGAGCUGAAAGAAAUCGGAGGGCUGGAGAACCUGGUGCUCUCCCCAGACAAAUGGCCAGUAAGUGACAACACGCUCAUGCACAUGGCUACAGCAGAGGCUGUCAUCACAGAUUACUGGUGUUUGGAGGACCUGUACCGGGAGCUAGUGAAGCGCUAUGUGGAUGCUGUGGACAAGCUCUCAGGGAGGCGGCCAGACCCUGCAACCAUUGAGGGCUGCCGGGAGCUGAAGCCAGAUAAUUACCUUCUGGCAUGGCACACUCCAUUCAAUGAAAAGGGUUCUGGCUUUGGAGCAUCUACAAAAGCAAUGUGCUUAGGGAUGCGUUACUGGAAGCCAGAGAGGCUGGAGUCACUUAUUGAAGUGAGCAUUGAGUGUGGACGAAUGACUCACAACCACCCUACAGGCUUUCUAGGCUCCCUGUGCACAGCUCUCUUUGUGGCGUACGCAAUACAAGGGAAGCCCCUGGUGCAGUGGGGAAGAGAAAUGAUGAAAGUUGUGCCGAUGGCAGAGGAAUACUGCAAGAAGACCAUUCGUCACAUGGCAGAAUACCAGGAGCACUGGUUUUACUUUGAAGCCAAGUGGCAGUUUUACUUGGAGGAGAGAGAAAUCAAUGAGGAGAACCAGAACAAAGCCGUCUUUCCAGACAACUACGAUGCGGAGGAGAGAGAAAAGACAUACCGCAGAUGGAGUUCUGAAGGUCGAGGCGGGAGACGGGGCCACGAUGCCCCAAUGAUCGCCUACGAUGCCCUGCUGGGGUGCGGCGGGGACUGGACAGAGCUCUGCAACCGCUCCAUGUUCCACGGAGGAGAAAGUGCAGCGACGGGAUCUAUUGCUGGCUGCCUCUAUGGGCUGGUGUACGGCCUGAGCAAGGUUCCUAAGGGCAUGUACCAGGAUCUUGAGCAAAGAGAGAGGCUAGAGUACUUGGGCGAGAACCUUUACCGACUGUCCAUGGAGGAAAAGUAA